AUGCCCACUCAAAUUUUCGAAUUUAUGGCUGCUUCUGUUGAACUUCUCUCUCUGCAAUCCUAUAAAUCCCUCAGCCAUCCAACCCACGAAAUUCAUCCAAAUCUGAAAAGCUCUUUCUCCCUCAACCCUGAAUUCGUCUUUGCCCAAUCUAGCGAUGGCCUCCAUAGCUCUUUCUUCCUCUGCCAAGCCGCUCACUUUCCAGACUCUCCAAAGGAUGUGGGAACUGUGUUAACUGACCUAGGAGGUGUGGCUUCUGGAGUUUCUGGAGGGCUCCGUCACCCUUAUUCUCCAAAAGGCAUGGUGCUGGGUGUUGGAGAGAAUGAGAGAAUGUUUAGAGCUCUUAAAUGUUGCCGAGACAUCAGUUUCUUCUUAGUUCUUCCAUUUAUACAUCUCCCCGGAGAAGGAAAACUUUAUCGGAAAUUUGAGACCAGCAACGAAUGCAAAGGCGUUGGGUUUAUUGAGUGA